UAUGUCCCUGGAACUGGCCCCCAGCUACAGCGCCCCCGCCUUGUCCCCACGCGAGACUCGAGAGCGUACAUCAUGGACCGCGUACUGCUGCCCUCGGCAGGGCCAGCCAGGGACCGAAAACCGCUACUGAAACGCAUGAAGUACAUGGUAGGCUGGCAUCAUUCUUCUUCGGCGUCCUUGCUAGUCCCAGCAAUGGAAGUGCUCCACUAUGUAUCUCUACAAGCCCUUGAGGAGUGGGAGUACGAGAUAGAGCUAGAGCUAGAUGAGGAGCGGGUAAAGCGAGAGGAGAAGAAUAUGAAGACGAAGCAGCCUAAGGCCCGUGGAAGAGCGCUCAUCAAGCAUUAA